CGUCAAUUUGAAAUCCUGCGCUAACUUGUUUUGACUUCUGAAAAGAUUAAACUAAUGAAAUGAAAAGAAAUGAAAGAAAUAAUGAACUUAGCAGACCCGGAAUUGGAGCUCAUAGACCCGACACCCAAUGUUCAUAUGCUGUUUAUACAAUUCGACAAAAUAUUCUUUUAUACGAAACUUGCAAGCAGAGCUGUGGUGCGAUGGAGUAAAAGAAUGUAUUCUUGUGCUGGGAUAUGUUCGUAUGAUAGGGGAGGACUCUGUGAUAUAGCUCUCAGUGAACCCCUGCUGAAGUUGAGGCCUCGCAAGGAUCUAAUUGAGACACUUCUGCAUGAAAUGAUUCAUGCAUACCUGUUCGUCACAUGUCAGGAUCAGGACAGAGAUGGUCACGGACCCAAUUUUAAGUCACACAUGUAUAGAAUCAACAGUGCAGCCGGCCUCAACAUCAGUAUCUAUCAUGAUUUUCAUGAUGAGGUGAAACUUUACCAAACGCACUGGUGGAGAUGUGAUGGUCCAUGUCAAUCAAGGAAACCACACUUUGGUAUUGUCCGUAGAACUAACAACAGAGCUCCAGGACCUUCAGAUUACUGGUGGAACGAUCAUUUGAGAAAAUGCGGAGGUACCUUCAUUAAGAUAAAAGAACCGGAAAAUCAAGGUAGGAAAAAAGCAGUCCCUAAAGUUAAUAAAGGAGAUAUCACAAAAUACAUCAACAAUAAAGAUAAAAUAAAGGGUGUCCCAGCUGAAAAAUUGACCAAACCAAUAUUGAAAGAUAAUAAUAUGAUAAAAAAUAAUUCAGUAACCAAGAGUAAUGGCAGCGGGACAGUUGUUGUUACUAAAAAGAACAAUGUGGUGUUUAAUCCAAAGCCAAACAAACAAAUUGAACUCUUCAGCGGAACAGGGCACACAUUGAGCGGGAAGACCACAACACUCCUGGAUAUUGCCGAAACUGUUAGAAGUAUUUGGGCAAAUAAAGAGAUACCCACCAUGGCACCCGAUAGAAAAGAAGUUAAAGGUAUGGUAGGUAGAAAGAAUGAGAAUUCUGUAUCUGGUAAUAAGCAUAAAAGUGAUAGUUCCAAUCAAUAUUCUCCGCCCAUGAAAAUCAAGAAAAUUGAUGAUUACUUCAAAAAGAGCGCCAAAAAUGUCUUAAAGGAUAUCUAUGGACAAGACUUUGAUAUAAAAGAAGUUAAUGCAAACAAGAGAUUGUCUGUGGUGGCAGUUGAAAAUGACUUAGUUGAUUGUCCUGUUUGCAGUCAAAAAAUUGCCAGUAAUCAAGUUAACCAACAUUUAGACGAGUGCCUUAAUAAAGAUAUAAUAGAAAAGAUAUCCAAAGAUAGCAUUCAGCCUGUGAUAUUUAGUGAGAUAAGCAAUAAAGAUGUCGAAAAGUCAAAAAUAGAAGUCAGUAAAACAAAUGACGUCAAAGAAACUUGUAGACAAAUAAAUAAAAAGUCAAAGAUAAAAAAUGAAACGGGUGUACAAAUUAAAAUGGAACCCGGGACUAGCUGGGACAUAAAAGUCGAAGCUGGAACGAGCAAAUCACUUAAUGAACAGAAAUGUCCGUGCUGCGAAAAAAACAUAAACAACACUAUGGAUGAACAUCUGGAUGAAUGUUUAGCUUUCUUGAGUGAUCCGACAACAGCGCCCGCCGAGGGUGACACCAGUUUGAUAGAAACCAUUGAAAUUGAAGAUGAUCUGGAUGAAUCUCUGACCUUCAACUCCACCGGCACCAAAUGCCCUUGUCCCUGCUGUCUCCAAAUGAUUGAGCAAGCCAAUAUGAAUUCCCAUUUAGAUUCAUGUUUGAGUUGAUCCAUCACCAUUAUUAUCCUAUAUUAUGAUGCUGAUCUCCAUGUUGUGAUAGCAUUUUCAAUGACAUUGUUUCUAUCAUGUUCGUUAUUAUCUAAUUUGUUAUGUUAUUCGAUUUUUUACUUACAUUCCUAUAGAUAUACAUAUUUAAUAAAUUAUUUUUCUACCAAAACGCAA